AGUUAAACCCUAAACCCCAAAACCCUGCGCAAUAUAGAGUUUCGCGGCUGAGCAUUUUCCCACUGCAAUUGCGAAUUCAGAGUCCCUCUCAAUCUUUUUGAAUUGUGAGAUAGUGGUUCGAACGGCGGAGGAUCAGAAACAGAGGAGAAGGAAUGGAAUCGAAUAGAGCAGACGGUCGUAAACCAAAUCAGUUGAGGUCACUCGCCUGCACCCGCGGCAUCCUCAACCGGGCACAUGGCUCCGCGAGUUGGUCUCAAGGGGGCACGAAGGUUCUUGCUGCAGUUUAUGGCCCAAAAGGGGGAACGAAAAAGAAUGAGAACCCUGAAAAACCUUGUUUUGAGGUCAUCUGGAAGCCUAAAACUGGCCAGAGUGGAAAAGCUGAAAAGGAGUAUGAGAUGAUGCUAGAGAGAACAGUGCGAAGCAUAUGUGUUUUGAAUGUCAACCCAAAUACAACAACAUCUAUAAUUGUUCAAGUUGUUGAUGAUGAUGGUGCUCUUCUCCCAUGUGCCAUAAAUGCAACAUGUGCAGCACUUGUAGAUGCUGGAAUUCCACUGAAAAAUCUUGCCGUCGCUGUAUGUUGCUGUCUAACUGAAAAUGGAAACGUGUUGCUGGAUCCAAGCAGGGUCGAGGAGCAGGAAACAAAAGCUUUUGUAAGCUUGGUUUUCCCCAACUCGAAUCAGUCCAUCAAUCCAAAAGAAUCUAAGGCAGAAGGCGAAAAAACGGAGCAUGGCAUCAUUACAUCCACUACACAUGGUGCAAUGUUAGUGGAGGACUAUUUUCGAUGUCUGGAUCAAGGGCGUUCUGCUAGCGCAAAGCUGUCUGAUUUUCUCAGGAGAAACCUACAACAGCAAGUCACAAAUGACUCUUAAAAGGCUGCAUGAGUUCUCUCUCUAUAUAGUUCGACUUCAAACAGUAUAUGGGCUCAAUUGAGGAAGAUUAUGGGCAAGUGAUGAUUGUAGCAUUAUGGUUAAGAGUAACAAAACUCUCUUUUAGUUGUAUUUGAAUCGUGAUCUUUCCUUUGGCACCUCAGUGUAGUAGAAGGAAGGAUUUGUUCCCUAUAAACAAAUUAUAUAAUUGUAUGAAAGUAGUUGCUAACUUCAAGAAGUUGGCUUGAAUUUUGUUGUUUUUAUUUGUUUGUUUUUUAAAGAUAUUUAUUUUGCAAUAGAUGAUGAUGGCAGAAAAGAAUGAGGGCAAAAUAGCAAUUUUGUUGCUAUAGAUGAUAGAAUACAAUAAUGGUUAAUCAA